GACUGACUAGGCCACUCCAGGACCUGAAUGUGCUUCUUCUUGAGCCACUCCUUUGUUACCUUGGCCGUGUGUUUUGGGUCAUUGUCAUGCUGGAAUACCCAUCCACGACCCAUUUUCAAUGCCCUGGCUGAGGGAAGGAGGUUUUCACCCAAGAUUUGACGGUACAUGGCCCCGUCCAUCGUCCCUUUGAUGCGGUGAAGUUGUCCUGUCCCCUUAGCAGAAAAACACCCCCAAAGCAUAAUGUUUCCACCUCCAUGUUUGACGGUGGGGAUGGUGUUCUUGGGGUCAUAGGCAGCAUUCCUCCUCCUCCAAACACAGGAGUUGAGUUGAUGCCAAAGAGCUCCAUUUUGGUCUCAUCUGACCACAACACUUUCACCCAGUUGUCCUCUGAAUCAUUGACAAACUUCAGACGGGCAUGUAUAUGUGCUUUCUUGAGCAGAGGGAUCUUGCGGGCGCUGCAGGAUUUCAGUCCUUUACGGCGUACUGUGUUACCAACUGUUUUCUUGGUGUCUAUGGUCCCAGUUGCCUUGAGAUAAUUGACAAGAUUCUCCCGUGUAUUUCUGGGCGGAUUCCUCACCGUUCUCAUGAUCAUUGCAACUCCACGAGCAAUUGGAGAGUACAGCCAUGUCUUUAGCUGCAUGCAGUGAGGCAUGGGGCGUCUGCGAGAAUGCCGGCAAUUCACGGAGCAAGACCAGAGGUCGAGCCAUGCUGCCCACGUCUAGAGAGGUGGAGGUGAAUGUGAGUGUGCGCCACAUGUACCUGUACAGCCGCGAGGUGCGUGGGGUGGUGGCACGUCUCCGCGCCGAGUGUGGGUCACUGUCCGUGCACGCAGUUGCCUUGGCCCACACUCAAGGUGAUCUGAACAAGGCCUUGGGACACGUUCGUAAUGAGAAACAGGCAAAUGUGCAAGCUUCUAGCAUGCGAUCGCGACGACCUACACGUGAGGUGACGUCCAAUCUUGUGGGUCAGAAAAUAACAAAAAUACGAUACAAAAACAUCACAGGAAAGCUCCUCCACCAGGGUCUCCUCCUCCUGCACCACCAGCUCCUCCACCAGGGUCUCCUCCUCCUGCACCACCAGCUCCUCCACCAGGGUCUCUUCCUCCUGCACAAACAGCUCCUCCACCAGGGUCUCCUCCUCCUGCACCACCAGCUCCUCCACCAGGGUCUCCUCCUCCUGCACCACCAGCUCCUCCACCAGGGUCUCCUCCUCCUGCACCACCAGCUCUUCCACCAGGGUCUCCUCCUCCUGCACCAACAGCUCCUCCACCAGGGUCUCCUCCUCCUGCACCACCAGCUCCUCCACCAGGGUCUCCUCCUCCUGCACCAACAGCUCCUCCACCAGAGUCUCCUCUUCCUCCACAACAACCGUCAGCCAUUUAGAGGCCUGGGCGGCAGGGCUGGAACUCACAGAGGGACCUGGGUUUGAUGCCCAAACUUGGGCCACUUUCUCCGUGUGGAAUGUGGAGUGUGUUCUACCCCCCCCCCCCCCCCGUUUUAUCCUGCAUUGGUUUCCAAAAUCAGAAUAAAUUAUUUAGACUGGAUGAAGAGGAAUCCGAUAAGCUAUGAAGCUCUUCUUUCACAGAUAUGCAGUUGAGGCACAGGGUCAGCAAGUUACAACAACAAACAAAAGAAAAUGAGUGCAAAGUGUAAAAAUGUAAGCAAGUCACAAAAUAACUGAGCAUAUAAGCACAAAGUACGUAAAAUCCUGCCAGUUUUUCAACACUAAAUACAAAUUUAUGGGUUGUUACGGGAAGAAAGGCGGACAAACACAAGGGUGUCUGGACCCACACACGGGUGUCUACAUCCACGUCCGCAUCGGUUAACCCUGGGGGGGCAUGGGGGCGUUGUGAUCCCCCAUAGCCCCACCCCUCGGAGAGGAUUCUUAUAAAAGGCGGGGAGCCAGAGGGCUCGAGGCCAGUGUGUUAGACGCUUACCAGAGAAGACUGAAGACCGGCAGAAUAGGCCC